AUGCGUUCGCCGCUCUACGAGGUUGAGCAUAUAGGUCGUCACAUGAAAUCCUCAAAGUUGCGACAUAUUUGGACCUUCUUCUUGGAAGCAGCAGAGUUGAAGGUGGAACUGGAGCACAGCCGUUUUUCCGGAAAGAAGAAAGUCUUCGUGGACGGAAAACUGGCGUUGUCGACCACUGCCAAACAGCUGUCCUGGUGUUAUGAACAUCCAAACAGCAAGGCCAAGAUCAAGUUGGACUCGGAGAAUGGGCGACAUUCGCUGAGAUGCAAAGAGCCCGAGAAAUCCUCGCAGCUCUCCACUGCCCUGGAAGCGGCUCCUAGCCCUGUGGAUGGACCGCUCGAAGGGAGGAGUCCAAGAUCCUGCCCAUCCAGCACCAGUCACGUCACUGGAAGGACCCCUCGGGCUGCUGAGUCGGAGGCGAUUGAGGAAAUCCGACAGAACUUGUCCGCCAGGUAUGCCGUGAUGGAUGAUGACCUGCAGGAAGACGUAGAUGCAGAUGUGGCCGAGGAAGCCAUACCUUCAUUUCCGUCUUGCUUGACAACUAGAUCGCAGCAAAGAAUUUCACUGGAGGAAGUCUCCACAGAAACGGCGCGCUUGAACGCGUUGCUGGGAGUCAAGGAUGCGCAGAUUGCGGCUUUGCAAGACAAGCUGCGCCGUUGCGCUCUUGGCAAAGAGGGAAGUGCACCAGCUGUAGAGACAGGAACGCCCAGCAGCCGCGCGCCCGAGCCAGUGAGCCCUGUGAGCCCCAUGCAGCAGUUGGAGGGCCCCAAGCCAGAGCAACACCUGGUCGCCGAGCUGCCGACGUUGCCCGUCACCCCGGCCUUCUCACCACGACCCCAGGCAGUGACUCCACCUGGACCCAGUCCCAGGAAUUGCUCACCAGGUCCGAGUCGGCCGCUCCAGUCACCUGUGGCAGCUCCCCGGAGAUCUUUGGACGAUGAGGAGCUUGACGUUUCGCAUCGCAAAGGGCCAGCGGUCUCCACUCCUCCUGCUGCUGGUACACCCUGUGUCGCAAGGCGUUGUAUGACGCCACCGAGGGUCUCCCCAGUGGUGAUUCAGCGCUAUGUCGCAACGCCAAGACGAGCGGCGGGCCGACCGGUUGAAGGGGUGGAGACUCCAGUCCAACAGUUUCGAGGACGUGCUGGCAGCAUGCCACCACCACAGUUGGUGUGUGCAUCCCCUCCACCGCCCUGGCGCUUCGAGCCCCGCUCCUCCGGAAGGCCCGGGCGGGCCUCGACACCGUGUCAACAAGGGCAGCAGCGUAGCCUGUCGGUGCAGCCGCCACAACGCUGGAGGAGUACCACUCCGGGACCUCAGCACCGUUCCAUCGGCGAUGCCAUGCUACAGGUGCCACGAAGAAUUUUCCAUGCGCCUGUGCAGUGCCAGCCGCCGGGUCGCCCGUUGGCACCAGGUGCCUUGGGCCCCUUGGGUGUCCAGCCCCUGGUACAGCCUCAGAUGCCCAGGCAGCUGCCAGUUCCCAUGCAGGUGGCGUUGCCGGCACCAAACGCUUUGCCACAACGAGCCUUAGGGCCGCCUCCUCUCUUGGCACCUGUGAUGUGGAGACCGGAUUCCAGGAUGCUGGGGCAGCCAUGGGUGCAGAUUGGUCAGUGAGGGCAAGGAAUUUGCGUUCCAAUGCGCAUGCCCUCGUGAUUUUCCUAGAUCCAGAUGCCAGAAUGGCAGUCUCGAACAUGGAAUCGCUUUGCAAAAGCGAAGCCAACGUUGCACGGUAGGUGUCUCUCGGUGAUUUUCGUGCCGGCGGAUUGAGACGAGGCAGGUGGAAUUCGCUCUCCCCUCACCAAGGAGUUGGGAGAAUCUUUGCUCAGAUUGAGUCGGAAUCAGC